CGGAUUCUACAGGAACAAGCGUCACUGUUCGUGGGUUGUACCAUGUGGCCUUAACUUUAAAAACGAGCUAAAAGACGAGACACCCACACCGUAGGCGAAACGAAAAGCUCGUGAAACCAGUUUAUUCGGUUGGACCUGUUUCAGCAGCAGUCUGCGUAUAUAUAUUUCGUUCCAGCCUCGUGUGAUAUCAGCAAAACUCAACUGAGAGCGCAAAUGGCUCCUUUAAAAUCUUUGUCACUUUGGUGGAUUUGGCUGGCUGUCACAGUUCUAUGUUCAGCUGACUCACAAGGUGAGCUGGGCCAGAAAAUCAUCACAGCUGAGUCUGGACAGAACACCACUCUGACAUGUCGAGCUCCAGACAACAACAACAACAUCAUAGUUGUAGAGUGGAGCAGGGCCGACCUUGGCAAAGAAUAUGUCCUUAUGUACCGCGGCGGGCGUUUUGUUCCAGAUGACCAGCAUCCAUUUUUUAAGAACCGGGUGGAUCUGCAGGACAGACAGAUGAAGGAUGGAGACGUGUCUCUGAUUCUGAAGAAUGUGACGAUUAAUGAUGCUGGAAAAUACGAGUGUCGUGUUGUCAUGAGAAGAACAAACCGAGGGAAGAGAGCUUAUCUGAACACUGACCCCAUCACCACCAUCAGCUUAAAUGUUGCUCCAGGUCAGACAGGAGGACAGAGUGGAGACGGAGAGAAGAAGGAUGAAGGAGACAAGAGUGCACCUGUUGGACUGAUAGUUGGUCUGCCAGUUCUUGCUGUGCUUGUUAUUGUUGCUGUUGGUGUUGGUGCUGUUUUUAUCUACAGAACAUAUAGACGUAGACAAAAUCCAGAUUACCAGCCCCCUGAGGAUCAGGGGCUUUGAAAUUCCAUCAGCAACUGGCAUGCAGCUGGCAUGAAAUAUAGCACAAACUGUAUGUUAAUUGACAUCCACCGUCGUUACCACGAAGAAAUCAAAAGCAACAGUACAGAUGUGUUUCAGGUUUCCCAUUAAAUUCAACUGUACAUAUGGCAAAACCAACGGAAUCCACAAUCCUUUACAAAAUAAAGGAAAUAUGUCACAAACUGUUCAGCUGGAACAAGGUUAACGACAAUAGAUGUGGCCAUUCCUCAUGUCUGCACCAAUAAUAUACUUUCCCUCCUCGAGCUGCCACCUUGUCGUGGUGGAUGGGCUUGAGUGCUGAUAACCUGGAGCAUUCAGCUCCUGUUAGGGUCUUUCAUGACAAACAGGUCCCAGGUGAUGAGCCAGACUAAGAGCAGCUCAAAACAUAAAAUCAUAAAGGAAAAAAACACUGACAGAAUGAGUAAAUCAUUACUUGUCUGUGACUUCUAGUUGUAUAAUACAACUAAAAAAUAAAAGAGAGUGGGCUUUUUAACUGAAGCCCUUAAACUAAGGUGCAGACUGAUGGUUUUGUGGAUAUUUGUGAUACAAAUAUCAAAUAGAGGUACCUAAAGUACUUCACAAAACUUCAUCUUUAACAGACGAGAUAAAAAAUAAUCUACUUGUAAAAUACAAGAACUCUCGUUUGUUGCUGUAGAUAGGACUGGUGGAGCUCCUGUAUAUUAACUGCUUCACACUGUUAAUGUCUUGUUGUUUUUCUUUAAAAAAAAAACAAAACAAAACCAAAAAAGCAGUGCAUAUACAGGAGGUUCUCAUCCCCUGCUGCUGUCAAGUGCUUUAUCUACUCAUUUAGGAAAAUAAAUGUACUACAUUUUCGUCUAUCAGAAGAUUUGGUUCAGGCUUUAUUACAAGUACAAAGUGGGAUUUUUAUUAAUCAACUAACCUUUAUAUUUAAUAAGUGAUCUAAAAGUAGAUGUUUUGUUAAACCUGCUUGGGUUUUUUUUUUGUUUAUUUUUGAUUUAUAUUCUAUAACAAACUAACUUAAAUAAAUAAUAAAAUACAUUCCACAUUUUGAAAAUAA